AUGCCCCGUGCCGUGAGCCAGAAAUCCAAGUCUCCACGCCAGUCAGCAUCGUCAGGCUCGGCAAAGACGAAGAACGAAGCCAUGAAAAAAGCUGACGCGUCUCACUCUGAAUCAGCCUCCGCUAAUUCUUCCAACUCUUCAAAACCGCUCGUCCCUCAAAACCGCUGGGAGCAGUACUGGUACGACAGGCUCGGCCCCGAGAAGGCGGCUGACUUCAUAUGUCCUGAAGAGGACCUUCUUGACCUCUUUGGCAACACCAUGGGACUCGAGGGAGAAGAACUCGAAGAAGCUAUUCGCGAAUAUCAUGCAAACCAGGAUGCCAAGCUAGAUCAAGAAGGCGGUCCCAAAUGUCGAGGCAUCAAACCUCCACCAGACUCAACAGAGAACGUCCAGAUUGUCGACAUCCCUGAUUCAGACCAUAUAGCCAUCCGAUUCUUCAGCGCAGACCUUGAGAACGACGCUCAGUUUGGCUUCGACUUUUUCAACACCGCGAAGAAAGAAGCCGUCAACUCACCUGGCGGCUGGGUCGUCAACGUUAUUCCCGAGCUAGGGAGUCUGACGCUGCUGUGUGCAGGCCCGCUCAAGAGCUGGGAAGCUGCUUGGGGAUACAGUGGAGACGAUAUUCCGCCAGGCGAAGAGCGCUUUAGCAUCAUUGAAGGUGCGAUGUGUCAGCUGGAUCGUCCGGGGAAGGAGCCUUUCUUAUUCGAGGUGCCCAAACGACCUAGGAGAGUGCCCCCUGGAGUGAAGUUCGCAACUGCUAGGCCUCUGUAGGAUGUCCGAGGACGGCAUCCUACCAGUGACUUGCCCACUAUUCGCCUAUCUGAAACUUGGCCUUUCUGGUUCUGUAC